CGCCGGGAUGCAGCCGUACCGGCUGUGCUUUGCCAGGGCCUGGAGCGGACGGCCAGAGGAAGGGUUUGAAUGAGAAGUCUGUAUUAAUGCAGCUCCCUGGGCGUCUGACUGCAAUUCUGCCGCUGCGAACAAGGAGAUUUCUGUGCCGGAGGAGGAGGAAAUUUUAUUUAUACCUUGGGAAGCACUCGUGCGGGGAGAGCACCCGGGAGCUGCGAUCACACUGAAAGAUGCCAGUGAGCCUCUCCACGGCGCUGCGUGUCGUCGGGACCAGCCUCUUCGCGCUGGCGGUGCUGGGGGGCAUCCUGGCCGCCUAUGUCACCGGGUACCAGUUCAUCCACACGGAGAAGCAUUACCUCUCCUUUGGGCUCUACGGGGCCAUCCUGGGGCUGCACCUCUUCAUCCAGAGCCUUUUUGCUUUCCUGGAGCACCGACGCAUGAGGGCUGAGGGACAGCCGGUGCGGUUGGGCCGCUCCGUGGCCCUCUGCAUCGCCGCCUACCAGGAGGAUCCCGAUUACCUGAAGAAGUGCCUGCACUCCGUCAAACGCAUCGCCUUCCCCGACCUCAAAGUGGUGAUGGUGGUGGACGGCAACGGCCCGGAUGACACCUACAUGCUGGACAUCUUCCACGAUGUGAUGGGCUCCGAGCGCGUGGGCAGCUACGUCUGGAGGAGUAACUUCCACGCACGGGGCGAGGGCGAAACAGAGGCUGGGCUGCAGGAAGGGCUGGCCCAUGUGCAGGCUCUGGUGCGCGGCACCACGUACUCCUGCAUCCUGCAGAAGUGGGGCGGGAAGCGCGAGGUGAUGUACACGGCCUUCCGGGCGCUCGGAGACUCCGUGGACUACAUCCAGGUGUGUGACUCAGACACGGUGCUGGACCCCGCCUGCACCGCCGAGAUGCUCCGCAUCCUGGAGGCCGACCCCCGCGUCGGUGGCGUUGGUGGCGAUGUCCAGAUCCUGAACAAGUACGACUCGUGGAUCUCCUUCCUGAGCAGCGUGCGGUACUGGAUGGCCUUCAACGUGGAGCGUGCCUGCCAGUCCUACUUCGGCUGCGUGCAGUGCAUCAGCGGCCCGCUGGGCAUGUACCGCAACGCGCUGCUGCAGCAGUUCCUGGAGGACUGGUACCACCAGACCUUCCUGGGCACCAAGUGCAGCUUUGGGGACGACCGGCAUCUCACCAACCGCGUGCUCAGCCUGGGCUACCAGACCAAGUACACGGCACGCUCCCGCUGCCUGACAGAGACGCCGACACGCUACCUGCGCUGGCUCAACCAACAGACCCGCUGGAGCAAGUCCUACUUCCGUGAGUGGCUCUACAACGCGCUGUGGUUCCACAAGCACCACCUCUGGAUGACCUACGAGUCGGUGGUGACCGGCUUCUUCCCCUUCUUCCUCAUCGCCACCGUCAUCCAGCUCUUCUACCGCGGGCGCAUCUGGAACAUCCUCCUCUUCCUGCUGACGGUGCAGCUGGUGGGCAUCAUCAAGGCCACCUACGCCUGCUUCCUGCGUGGCAGCGCUGAGAUGAUCUUCGUCUCGCUCUACGCCCUGCUCUACAUGUCCAGCCUGCUGCCCGCCAAGAUGUUUGCCAUCGCCACCAUCAACAAAUCGGGCUGGGGCACGUCGGGCCGCCGCACCAUCGUGGUCAACUUUGUGGGGCUGCUGCCGGUGUCGGUGUGGGCGGCCGUGCUGCUGGGCGGCCUGGCCUACACAGCCUACAGCCAGGACCUGCUCAGCGACACCGAGGUUGCCUUCCUCGUCUCGGGUGCCGUCCUCUACGCCUGCUAUUGGGUGGCCCUGCUGACGCUCUACUUGGCCAUGGUGGCGCGGCGCUGCGGGAAGCGGCAGGAGCAGUGCGGGUUGGUCUUUGCCGAGGUGUGAGGACGCCGUGGGUCCCCUCG